CUCUCAUUGUACACGGAGAAGUUUGAAGAGUUUCAAAACACGCUUUCCAAAAGCAACGAGGUGUUCACAACAUUCAAACAAGAGAUGGAAAAGAUGACAAAGAAGAUUAAGAAGCUGGAGAAGGAAACGACCAUGUACAGAUCACGAUGGGAAAGUAGUAACAAAGCCUUGCUGGAAAUGGCAGAGGAGAAAACGCUACGAGACAAAGAUUUCGAAAGCCUGCAGGUGAAGGUGCAGCGUCUGGAAAAGCUCUGCCGUGCGUUACAGAUAGAACGCAACGAGCUGAGUAAGAAGGUUCAGGGUGUCUCCACAGGCGUUGAGAGUAAACCAGAAACAGAGACGGGGUCACCAUCAGAAGCCACAGACUCG